AUGGACGAGUCGAUUGAUAUUUGCAGUGAAUGGAAUCCAUGUCGGUCGAUCACUCGAAUAAAAGAUGGAUUUAUCAAUUGUCUUAACACGAAGGAUGAAAGUGAGCAGACCGGAAUUGACACUCAGAAGAGUUGUUCGCCUGUUCAACGUCACCGUUUUCGUUGUUCGAUCACUCAACCAACAUGUUUGAGUGUCGUGGCAUUAGGAAAUGGGAAAUCAGAUUGUGAUAAUCGAUUCGAUGAAAUAUGGUUGGGUUCAAAUCGAAAAUUAUCUCAAAUAAGUUGCAAUAAUCAGCGGAAACAUGAAUGCUCUCGUCUGCGGCAAUACAUCGAGCUAUCAUGGAGUUCGAUAGAGAAGGAGCAAAUGGUUCCCAAGCUUGAUCUACCUUUUCGGUCUUAUUGUAAUACAUUUUGGGAUCUCGAUCCAGCAGAAGAUGAGAAUUUGAUGGAAUGUCAACGAUGGUGGAUUUGUGCUUCAGAUCAACUGCGAUGUCCCACGGGACAUUGCAUCGAUGAACAGUGGCGAUGGGAUUAUGAAUGGGAUUGUCCAAAGGCUCACGAUGAGGGGCAAAUACUGGGUAAUCAUGUGCGAGAGAUGCAAAAACGAGCAGCAUCGUUCAAUAUCUCCACAAAUAAAUCCUACUUUCUCCCAAAUACCUGUAAUCAAACAAACUCCUUUCUCUGUCUCGUUCCACGAAUCUCCUAUCCCCAAUUCUACUGUAUCGAUCAAAGACAAAUUGGCGAUGGAAGGAUUGAUUGUGCAGGAGCAAUCGAUGAAAGCAAUACAAUGAAACACUGUUCUCAACCAUUGAAACUUGGACAUCAUUUCAAAUGCGCAUCGAGCAACACUCGCAUUCCGUAUUCUUUGCAUUGUCAACUGGGCUUUCGAUGUCCAAAUCGAGCCGAUGAUGAAUCUUGGUGUUCUCAUCGGAAUAACUCUUCGAACUGUCAAAACGCAAACGAUUUCAUCUGUUGGGAUGGAAGAUGUCUACCGGAGGAUCGAUGCAAUAAAUUCUUCAACUGUCCAUUUUUGGAAGAUGAAUAUAUGUGUGAUUAUCCGAGUUCAUCCAGUCGAAGGAUCAUUCCUUAUCGUGAACGAAAAGAACUUCAAGCAAGAACCAGACCAAAAGCUUUUCAAUUACCGCGAUUUCCUUCUGAUGCAUAUAUCAUCGACUCGAUGGCGACGAGGAACAUCACUGAACAAUUGACAUCAAAUAGUUCGUCAGCCAAUCAUUCAUUCUCGUCAACUUUAUCAGCGUUUUUUCAAUUUGGUGAUCGAUGUGAUAUUGAAGAGGAUCUUUGCCAACCAAACCCGUGUCGUAAUGGUGGUCGAAUGGUCUUUUGGUUUUCAUCCCUGAUCGCGAUUGAACGUGUCUAUAUGACACUUGUUUUGAAUGGUCAAUGGUUGAAACAACCGCACAUCGCUCAAAAACAACGAAAUGAAUUCGUUGGAAUUCGCGAAUCUCAAUAG